AUGGAGACCCUCCCGCGAGCUGAUCCAUACAGUUGCCUCCCGUGUAAGAAGAACGAAUGGUCUGACCCAGGGAGCACUUCAUGUACAGAGCGUUCUGUGGAGUAUGUUCACAUCACGGAGCCUCUGUCAGUCCUGCUCAUGCUCUCUGUCAGCUUCAUGCUCUUUCUUGCAGCAGCCAUCGCCAUCCUCUUCGCCCAUAACUACAGCACCCCAGUUGUGAGGUCUGCGGGGGGUAAAAUGUGUUUCCUCAUGUUGGGCUGUUUGAGCGGUUCAGGUUUCAGUGUGUUCUUCUAUUUUGGCAUCCCGAACCAAAUCAAAUGUGUGUUGAGAAGCACAUUUUUCCCUCUGUUUUACACUGUCUGUCUGUCUUGCCUCACCGUCCGAUCCUUCCAGAUAGUCUGCAUCUUCAAAAUGGCUGCCAAGCUACCCAAAGCACAUGCCUGGUGGGUCAAGUACAAUGGACAGUGGAUAUUCAUAGCAGUGGCCUCUACUGUCCAGUUCAUUCUUUGUGCACUCAGUGCUCCUAGACCCUUCAAUGACACAGUGACCUUCAAAGACCAAAUAAUAUUGAACUGUGAUGUAGAAAGUCUGAUCCUACCUAGCAUUGCUAUGUUAUUUGCUGGCUUUCUUGGUUUUUUGUGCUUUACCUUCUCAUACAUGGGAACUGACCUCCCCAAAAACUACAAUGAGGCCAAAUCUAUUACAUUUAGUGUGCUGCUGUUUUAUCUUUCAUGGAUUUCCUAUUUCACUAUUUACUUUCUUUACAAAGGCACCUAUUUGCCCAUAUUUAAUGCAUUUUCAAUGCUGACCAGUUCAUACGGAAUUCUCUUGAGUUAUUUUGUCCCAAAGUCGUAUGUCAUUCUUUUCAAGCCUGAGAAAAACACACAAGCACACUUUCAGUCUUGUAUUCAGGAUUAUACCCAAAAGAUCAGCAGGAUGUAGAGGGCUCUUUCUGGCUGGCAUAAUGUAACACACUGCAUAACGAACACCGUUAUGCUGUUA